CCAGGUGAUGCGCCGCCGCCCCGCCUCCCCUUUCGUACGUACGCCGGUGGCGUAACCGGGUCUCGUUGGGGAGCCGCGUCAGCCGCCGCGGAGUCGACGCUGGCGGAAGGAGGGAGCGGAAGCCUCGGCCGGACGGAGGGAGGGAAGGGGCAAAAAGGCAGCCAUGGGCGAAGCGGCCUGCUCCCGCCGACCCCCAGUCUUCGCUUAGGAGGAGGAGGAGAAGGAGGAGGAAGCGAAGCGCCCCGGUCGCCGCCGCUUGGUUGGAGCCAUGGACAAAGCCGUCGGCGGCCAGAAUGUGAAGCUGUCUGCCGAAGUAGAACCAUUCAUUCCUCAGAAGAAAGGUCCAGAUUCGCUUAUGAUGUCUGCGGCGCUGCCGAACGAGAACGGAGGCAUUAACGGUGUGGAGCCCGCUCCGAUUCCCAGCUACCUGAUUACGUGCUAUCCCUUUGUACAGGAAAACCAGUCCAAUAGGCAACUUCCGCUGUAUAAUAAUGACAUUAGGUGGCAGCCGCCUAACCCAAACCCUGCUGGGCCAUACCUGGCCUAUCCCAUUAUCUCUGCUCAGCCUCCGGUUUCCACAGAGUACACCUACUACCAGUUGAUGCCGGCACCCUGCGCUCAGGUCAUGGGUUUCUAUCAUCCCUUCCCAGCCCCUUACUCUGCGCCCUUUCAAACCGCGAGUGCCAUCAAUACGGUUGCGACAGAGUGCACGGAGCGCCCACUCCAGCCAAGCCAAGCCUUUCCCGUAUGUGCCCAGCGGAGCAGAAGUGCCAACCGGGGACCAGCUGUGCAAAAACCACAGCCUUCACAGAGCCACAUAAAAAGUAAGAGGCCUCCUGUGAAAAGUGUCGCUACUCAGAAAGAGACCAGCGCCUCGGGUCCUGAGAGCAGACCGAAAAUCGUACUGCUGGUGGAUGCUUGUCAGCAAACAGAUUUCCCCUCCGAGAUCGCGAGCAAGUCCCUGUCGGAGAGCACGAGCGCCAUGCACUGGAGGCCGAAAAGCAGCAGCAGCAGCCGGCGGCAGCGAACCUCCCACCUGGCCGAGUCGUCUAGCGAGCAAGGGGCCAGCGAAGCUGACAUUGACAGCGACAGCGGCUACUGCAGCCCCAAGCACAGUCACCAAGUUGCCGCCGGGGCCUCCAGGAGCGCCGAGUCUGUGGCGGGAAAUAUUUUGGAACCAUCAACACACCCAGGUCCUAGUUGGAUAAACGUGAGUUCCCAAGCGACUCAGAAGAAGCCGUGGGUAGAAAGACCACCAGCUUUUUCAAGAGGUGGGAGGCAACUGGAGCAGCAUAAUAAUUCACAGCCUUCCUUCAGGUGCCGGGGGCACAGCACAUCUUCAGAAAGAAGACAGAGCUUGCAGAAGAAAGCUGACAAGCCCAUAGCCUCAAGUCAGCCCAGCCGAGCCCAGCCGAGCCCUGAACCCCUCUAUUUUGAGGAUGAAGAAGAGUUUCCUGAGCUGAACAGCGACAGUGGAAACUCGAAAGGUGCCCACGUGCAGCUGAAACAUGCACCCAAAGUGUUGGAUGAUCUGCCGGAAAAUUCUCCAAUCAACAUAGUCCAGACUCCAAUUCCAAUCACCACCUCUGUCCCCAAACGAGCGAAAAGUCAAAAGAAGAAAGCCCUGGCCGCAGCCUUGGCCACCGCGCAGGAAUAUUCAGAAAUUAGUAUGGAGCAGAGGAAACUCCAGGAAGCUGUUUCCAAAGCUGCUGGAAAGAAGAGCAAAACACCAGUGCAGCUGGACUUGGGAGACAUGCUGGCGGCUCUGGAGAAACAACAGCAGGCGAUGAAGGCUCGCCAGAUCACAAAUACUCGCCCUCUCUCCUACACAGUUGGCAGCCCUGCUCCUUUUCACACCAAAGAAUCUUCCGGCCGAAAAUCCUUCACAAAAGGGCAGGCGCCGGUGGGUUGCCUUAAUCCUCUGGAUUCCACGGCCCCAAAAGUGAAGCGAGGGAAAGAAAGAGAACUCUCAAAGCUGAAGCGUCCUACGGCGCUUAAAAAGAUUAUCCUGAAAGAGAGGGAAGAGAAGAAAGGGCGGUUAUCUGUAGAUCAUAACCUUCUAGGGGCUGAUGAAGAACAAGAGGUGAACUUGAACUUGACUCCUGAGCAGUCCGAAGAGCUGGCGUCUCAGGAAGAAGGUGGCCUGAGUGUGCCGAGCGACACGUCGCUCUCUCCGGCAAGCCAAAACAGUCCCUAUUGCAUGACUCCAGUGUCCCAAGGUUCACCGGCCAGUUCUGGGAUUGGAAGCCCCAUGGCAUCUGCCACGAUCACGAAAAUUCACAGCAAGCGGUUCAGAGAGUACUGUAACCAAGUUCUCAGUAAAGAGAUAGACGAGUGCGUGACGCUCCUGCUGCAAGAGCUGGUCAGUUUCCAGGAGCGGAUCUACCAGAAAGACCCCAUGAGAGCCAAAGCAAAGAGGCGGCUGGUGAUGGGCCUCCGGGAGGUCACCAAGCACAUGAAGCUGAGCAAGAUCAAGUGUGUCAUCAUUUCUCCCAACUGUGAGAAAAUCCAGUCAAAAGGUGGUCUUGAUGAAGCUCUGUACAACGUCAUAGCCAUGGCACGGGAGCAAGAAAUCCCCUUUGUCUUUGCCCUCGGCCGUAAAGCUCUCGGCCGUUGCGUGAACAAGCUGGUUCCUGUCAGCGUGGUCGGCAUCUUCAAUUAUUCGGGUGCUGAGAACCUCUUCAAUAAGCUGGUGUCGUUGACGGAGGAGGCCAGAAAAGCCUACCAAGACAUGGUAGCCGCCAUGGAGCAAGAGCAGGAGGAGGCUUUGAAGAACAUCAAGAAGGCCCCUCACCACAUGGGACAUUCCCGGAACCCUUCUGCCGCCAGCGCCAUUUCCUUCUGCAGUGUUAUUUCAGAGCCCAUUUCCGAAGUUAACGAGAAGGAGUACGAAACAAAUUGGAGGAGCAUGGUGGAAACCUCAGAUGGACUGGAAACCUCUGAAAAUGAGCGAGGGGCCUCCUGCAAGGCGGUGGUUGCAGACCAUGUGGGCCACAGCAAGGCUGCGGCGAAUAAGCCCCUGUCCCUCGUUGCCUCCACUGCCGCCACCGGGACCAUCACGAUUGUCGCCCAAGGGAAAGCGCUGAGCGGGAAAGAGGAAGUGAAGCCUGAUGACAACCUGGAAUGGGCCUCCCAGCAAAGCACAGACACCGGCUCUUUGGAUGGCAGCUGCAGAGAUAUUUUGAACUCCUCCAUGACCAGCACGACCAGUACCCUGGUCCCAGGAAUGCUGGAGGAAGAGGAAGAUGAGGAGGACGAGGACGAAGAGGACUACGCCCACGAACCGAUCUCGGAAGAAGUUCAGCUCAACAGCAGAAUUGAAUCUUGGGUUUCGGAGACUCAGCGGACGAUGGAGACGCUCCAGCUCGGGAAGGGCCUUGGUGGCGCAGAAGAGGAUCACGCUGAGCCGAGCGAGGACGAAGAACUGGAGACACCCGAGCACGUGGAUUCAGCGAUCGAUGCGGAGGAAUGGACAUUGGAGAAGCACGCGAGUAAAGUCCAGCAGAAGCUGAGCGCCUGUGGUUCGCUGGACUCUAAGCAUACGGACUCAAAUUAUAUACCCUAGACUCAAGCACAAACUCAGGAAUCUUUAAUAUUUUAAAACUAACUGUUGUAAGGAUUGUAGCCAUUGCUUUGUGUGCUUCAUCUCAGCAUUUUGCACUGUGUAAUUGUUUAAUAUGAGUAUUUAAUUCACGACAUAAUUUUUUUUGUGUGUAGCAGUCUUUAUUGCUUUUUCCAUUGAGAACAAGCGCCUGCAUGUGUGUGUAAUGAAUAUUUAUAUCUUUCCUAGAACACAUGAUGCGUGUUGAAACUGUCACUGGGCCUCUUUUUGUACAUGAAAACUAUUUCCAAAUGACCAUUUUUACAGAAAACUAUUCUCAGAUGAUACCUUCAAAAUUCCUAUGCUUAUUAUUAUUUUUUAAAAGACUGACAGAGUGCCCGAGAUUUGCUUUGAUGAUCUUGCAGAUUUUGGCACCAGGCAUUAGGCCAGAAUGAGUAUGUUGUGAGGCUUUAAAGAUGUCUGUAACCAGAGGAGAAUCCUUACUGAGCAAAGAGGCACAUUAACCAGCCGUUUCACUCCAGUAAUGUCUUCUGACUGGCCUCUGAGGGUAUGCACUUCAGAAAUGCACUCUGGAGAUUUGGAGACUAUAAUCAGCUGAAACGUUUUAGCAAGGCACUUGUGGAAAGGGAGCUCCUCCCUCCUUUCCAAGGGUCUACUUUAAUGUCACAGUGCCUGUAGAACUACAGAAAGGGACCUUUUCUUUAGCCACAAUGACUUUUCAUUUUUUUGAGUUCUUCCUUAACACUGUCUUGCUGUUCUUUGGCUGUUUCUUAGUUCUUUCACUUAUCUCAGGAAUGCUGAUAUGUAUUCGUAACUGCGAUGUAAAUAUACCAAAAUACAUGUUUUUAAAAAGUUGAAUAUUGAUCCUUCAGCGGAAAAUGACACAAGAGCUGAGUUUAUAUGGGAAACCUGGAGGCUGUUGUAUUUUAGGAUGUGGUACCCCUGCACAUGUUUGUUUUUCAGCUUGGAAUUAGUCAUAGCAUGGAUUCUUGUGGAGAAGUGUGACUAUUAUGGUUCGGUAGCAGUUUGGCUCCCUGGGAUUAGAUUUUGAUAGCAGCAAGAAAUGGAAGUGCAUCAGUCGGAAGGGCUGGGAGACCCAUUGAUUUAGGGAGAAAAUUUAGAUUGAUUUACUCUUAUUAUCCAUCUCUAUAUGCUCGGUGUCUGAGUUUUCCAGCGUUGCCCAUUAAGAAAUAUCUGAUAAGUGGCAUGAAAAAUGCUUGAAUGGUCAGGCUAGAGGAGCUGAAUAUUCAUUGAUUAUUGAUAAUCAAUAAUAAGCUUUAUGAAAAUUGACUUCCCAAGGUAUCCGGGUUUCCCCCUCCCACACAGUUAGUUAGGCUGUUCACUUAAUAAUUAGGGACCAAUAGCUUUCACAUCUUCAAAACUAGUGUUCUAUAUUGUACAGAAAAAUAAUCGGGUUUGGUGUCUUAAAAACUGAUGUUGUCAUCCCGUGCUAAGGACCGUAGCAGAAAAACCCAGUUUGAAUCUUUAAGUAAGUAGUCUUUUGGUGUACGUGAACACUGUAUUUUGUUAAGGAGAACAUGUGAGUACUGAUAGGCCAGCUCUUCCUGACGUUAUUUAAGAUGUCCAGAAAUUGGCAUUUUCCCCUUCCUUUCCCCCCCCAAGCCCUAGUUAACUCCAAUGACUCCUUGAGUAGAUCCCUUUUUUAAAAUUUCCCGCCUCUCUUU